AUGGUUUAUCACCAUGUGUUCUUGCUGUUUAUCAUCUUCUUCUUCUACUUUAUCCUCUUCUUCAACUGCAUCAACACCAAUCUUUUAGAUCAUAAGCUAAAGCCUGAAGUAAUUGAAAAGGACUUGCAACUCAGCACGCAAGAUUACUUGCAGCUACUGCGAUUUGAUCUGGAACUAGCACGCGUGGAGUCGCAUCGCAAGGACCUUUGGACCAGGAAACAAACCAGAGAUCAAGCAAAUAAAAAGAUCAGCUCCCAAAUGAAGUCUAGAGAUAGGCGACAAGGUAUCAAGGAGAUAACUCCUGAGGACGACGAGACAAAGGGCAAAACACCAGACCAAGGAGAAAGAUUGGCGCCGCAUGAUGAACUCAAAGGACUGACCCAAAACACGUCCAACGAGGGCACUCAAGGCGACGAGAUUGAGGAAAUUACCUUGGCAGACUUGGAUACGGCUAUUGCUCCUGCCCCGCCAAUCCCGAGAGAGGAUGAAAAGCUCGGGAAGGCUCAAGACUUCAACAUGCAGAACGAAGAGGAGGCCGACGUGCACAACAUCACGCAGAUGAAGUUCCCUGACUUUUGGAAGAACGACGUGGAAGCAUGGUUUGAGCGGGUCGACGCAUUCUUCAUGAUUCGCCGCAUCAAAAACGACGGCUAUCAAGUCGCCUGGAUCAAACAACAUCUUCCAGAAAAUGUGUAUCUCCAGACGCGCGACGUUUUCCGUGACCUGCCAGCUACCGACCAGUACGACUUCGUCAAAAACGCUAUCCUCAAGCGACUCGGUCCCACCAAAGACCAGAAACUGCAGCAACUUCUCUCCAAAGAAGAGAUGGGAGAUGAGAAGCCGUCUGUGUAUCUGCGCAAGUUUCAGCAUUUGGCGGGUACAGACGGUACUGAUGACAUGGUGCGUAAUAUUUGGAUGGGCCAACUACCAGCUGACAUGCGCAAACUUUUGGCUGCCCAUGGCGAUCGCACUCUCGAAAAACAAGCACAGAUUGCACAUGACAUCCAAAACGUCGUGGGAAACAAACGGUCUACCUUCUCGGCGACCGCAUCUCGUGCCCGCGAUGAGUCGCAAGAAGAUUUUCGCCGAAAAAUCGAGAAGAACCAACGUGAAUUCCAGAAUAUGAUGUAUGGGAUGUUGGAGAGUAUUCAAGAUCUUGCUCUCUCAAUGAAGAACCGCGGACGCAGUCCAACUCGGCGCAGCGACCGCACCGACGACAAAGACGGCAAGAAGGAUGACUACCAGCGCAAGCAGAGCCGCAGCAAGUCCCGCCACCGCUUCAACAAGGACGGCACCUGCUACUACCACGGUUCCGAUGUGUGCGUUUUCCCGCGCAAGCUGCUCAAGUCAACGGGAGCUUUGGCCAAGACCCACCUGGACCUCACUGCUGCCAAUGGGACUUCCAUUAAGCUCUACGGUGUCCAACCAAUGCCGCUCAACCUCGGCUUAAGACGCGACUUCACUUGGAACUUCAUCGUGGCGGACGUAGGCAAGCCCAUCAUCGGAAUGGACCUCCUACACCACUUCGAUCUUCUUGUGGACCCCAAGCGUCACAAGGUCAUCAAGCACGACACGUUGCACCACAUUAAAACCACAGACGGACCGCCUGUCUUCACCCGACCUCGCAGACUGGACCCGGAGAGGGAAGCCGCAGCAAAGGCGCGUUUCAUGUCCUACAUCAAGUCUGGCAAAAUGCGACCUUCAAGCAGUCAGUGGCAGCAUGUUCCAGCUGUAUCAAAAAACGACGGAUCUUGGCGCGAUUGUGGCGACUACCGUAUGCUGAACGUAAGAACCGUGCCCGACAGAUACCCAAUCCCAAACAUUCAAGACGCGACUGCAAAGCUGAGUGGCUGCACAGUCUUCUCAGUGCUUGACCUGCCCAAAGCCUUCUACCACAUUCCCGUGAACCCACCGGACAUUCCGAAGACGGCAAUCACAACCCCUUUUGGCCUCUUCGAGUUUAUCUACAUGCCAUUUGGACUUCAAAACGCGAGCCAGACCUUUCAGCGCUUCAUGAAUGAGGUGACAAGGGAGCUUCCUUUCGUGUUCGUAUACAUCGACGACAUCCUGGUGUUCUCCCACAACCCUGACGAACACGCAGAACACCUGCGUAUCCUUUUCAAGCGUUUAGACUCAUAUGGACUUGUGCUUAACGCCUCAAAAUGCGUAUUUGGCGCAUCCGAGGUAGAUUUUCUUGGUUGCAGGAUUUCCUCAGAUGGCGCCCUUCCGCUGAACAAGCACGUGGACACCAUCCUGGCCUUUCCUCAACCAGAGACCCUGGGACAGCUGCGACGCUUCCUAGGACUCCUGAACUUCUACCAUCGCUGGCUGCCCAACAUCGCCUUGGAUCAGGUUCCGCUAAACCAAAUUCUAGCAAUUCCAGGCUUGAAGAAGCAGUCAAAAAUCGAGUUCAGCAAAGACGCAGUUGCCGCUUUCAACAUGUGCAAGCAGAAGCUAGCGGCAGCGACCAAACUUGCCGACCCAAAUCCAAAUUGUCCUCUUAGUAUUGUUACAGAUGCUUCCGACUUUGGCAUGGGUGGUGUCUUGCAGCAGAAGCACAUGCUUGAAGCCAGACCCUUCAGCAUUUUCACAGAUCACAAACCCCUAACCUCCGCCUUCAAGGAAGAAGGCAAGAACCGAUCACCUCGACAGAUCCGGCACCUGGACUUCAUCAGCCAGUUCUCCACAGACAUCCGCUAA